AAUAGAAGUGUAAGCUGCACUGAUUUACCAGAAUACACACAGUGUAUUAUACAGAGUAGAUACUGUAUACAGACACGAUAGUCUACAAGAGAGAACGCCAUUUAUGGAACUGAUUCCUGAGAGCUUUUUAAAACUGAGUGGACUUAAAUACACAGGCAACAGAGAAUUACCAGGAGACAGUGUCAAACCACCCUUCUUACACUGUUUUGUCAUCCAGCAACGCACAUGAGUGUGAGUGAUUUAAUAUUUUUCUCUUCCUGCCAAGAAAAUGGAGAAUAUUUCCAUGUUUGACUCAAGCAUCACUUUCAACAAUACCUCGAGAAAACUUUGUUACCAAACGGAGAAAGUACAUAACCACAUUACCCAAUUUACUAAUGUUUCCUCCGGUAUAAUUUAUUCAUUGGCAUUCUUACUGGGAACAACAUCAAACGGGUUUGUCCUCUGGAUCAAAGUCACCAGGAUGGAGAAGACAUACCGUUCCAUUUUGUUCCAGCACUUCUUAAUUUCAGGCUUCAUCUACUCAUUAUUCCUGCCGUUGGACAUUGUCUACUUUGCCUCUGGAAAUCAUUGGCCAUUUGGUUCUUUCAUGUGUAGGGUAAACAGUUUUAUUUUUUAUCUUAAUAUGUUUCUUAGUGCUUUUAUUCUCACUUUAUUCAGUAUAGACUAUUGCAUUGUCAUAGUGUUUCCCUUUCGUUAUAAUUCCCAUAGGAGACCCCACUUGGCUACUAAAGAAGUCAUUCUCAUUUGGAUCUUAGCUGUCUAUGUCAGUGUAUCGUAUUUCGUCUUUAAAAACACAUAUGACUGUCAUGGCACUACCAAAUGUCUCAAUAGCUUUGAUUAUGAUGAAUUAAAUGGACUUAGUCACACGGGCAAAAUUCAGUAUCAGGCUAUAGUAAUAUUUGCAUUCAUUGAAGGUUUUGUUUUGCCUUUCUUGAUAAUAUUGUCCUGUUUCAUUGUCACUGCCUUGCUUUACCACAGGAAGAAAUCUUCAAAAUAUACCACGAGCUUAAAAUUAAUUUUUUCAAAACAGAUUUUGUUUGCCAUUUGCUGGUUUCCAUACCAUGUGUUCUCCUUUCUGAAACUGACUUCAUUCAUUACUGGAGUGAGCCAUAUAGAUGAAGUUGCUGAAAUUAGUCUACCAAUUACAAUGAGCCUGACCACGAUCAAUAUUUGGGUCAACCCUUUACUUUAUGCCUUCAUUUGUCCAGAUUUUAAAAAGGUUUUCUCCAUACAGUCUAUUUUUUCAAAAAACAUUAGCCACCAGAGGGGAACAAUAUGAGUGUUUAUCUGAAAACAAUGUAAUGAUAAACAAUGUUUAUCAUUAUAAAUGUUCAGCAAAAAUGUAUGAAUAUGCUAUUUUGCAUUUAAGGGGUCUCAUUUAAAAUUUAACUUCUGCACUUUGAAUGCCCACAGAAAAAAAGCUAUGGAAAAAAGUGUAUUUGAUGUACAUACUGUAGAUGCAUCUCCAGAUUCCCACUGGUCAGAAAUUGUCCUAUUUGUAGCAGGCAUACAGU